UCAUUGAUUCGCACAAGCGAGUUAUUUUUCAGCUUUAUUCAGGUGUCGAUUAACAGUUGUAAACACUGAAAUGUGAUUUUAAACUGCGAGUGAAAUGGUUUGAAUGAUUGUAUCACUUUUGUAAAGGUUUCUAGAACAACCUUAAUCAGUUCAAAGUAGGCAUGCCGUCGCUUCAGCCAAAAUGUGGACAUCCUUCCAUCCUGAGUGACAACUUACACGAGAGUUCAUAGGAACACCUGAACCAUGAGAAUCCAAUUGCGACCCACUCACAGACCGGAAGUGUUGCUCGGCGCUGCUAAAGCCAAGCUCUACGUCCACAAAAGACUGAUCGCGGUUUUAUGUUUCUGUUUUAGCCUCUUCCUUCUACUUUACGGCAAAACGAUUUUUCACGUGACCCGGGAGUUCGUAAUUCAUUCAAAUUUCAACUUCAACCUGUGCAAGCGGUUCCAUCACAUUAGUUACGCGGAAAACGUGCGUUCCUCCGUUCCAAAAGUUAUUCAUCAAAUAUUUCUCAACGCGUCUGAAGAUCACAUAGAAUUUUUCCGUCAAAACAUACAAAAUAUGGAUUCCUGGCAGAGGAUGAAUCCGGACUUCAUGUACAUUCUCUGGAACGAAUCCAUGGUCGUCGGCCUCAUAAAUAAGAGCUAUCCGAGCGUGUUGCAUCUCUAUGAACGCUAUAAGGACGUCUGGAUAGCGCGUAUGGAUAUCGCGCGUUACGUAGUGGUCCAUCACAUGGGCGGUGCGUACGCCGAUAUCGACCUCGAAUGUAAGCGACCCAUAGGAGAACUUUAUCAAGAAAUAGGGGACAGAAAGGUGGCGUUGAACUACUCGUACGAACCUUUUGGGAUCGCCAAUAACUUCUUCGUAGCCAGUAGAAACCACGAGUUUCUGGCUCACGUGAUCGACGGUCUGGCUGAGGCGGAUGUUUUGUAUUUCACGCCAUAUAUAAACCUGAUGUUCCGUACCGGACCCAUGUAUCUGCUCGGUCGAUACCUGAACUAUAUCCAUAAAGAGGAUAUUUUCAUAAUGCAAACGUCGCAAGUUUAUGUCGUCGUUGACCAAUCCGACCAUUCGUGGCACGGCUUGGACGGUCUGUUUAUACGCUUCGUGUGGACGUCGGUUAACGCCAUUCAUUUACUGAGUAUACUUGUGAUUUUAGUGUUUAUGGUUAGAAUACACAGUCUACUGACCGUUCGCCGUGAGAUUGUGUCAAAUAUCCGCCAAUAUCCCAAUACCAAUAAAUGUGUUCGCCAAUAUCAUCCAUCGCAACUUUCCAUGUCUACCAUCAUUGAGGACGAACCGUUGUGACCAAUCAACAAGGAUAUGUGUUCGAAAGCUACCUAGUGACCAUAACACUCAUGCCCGAGGAUUAAAAGUGUCAAAGGAAGUUUUAAUCUGCCUCGUUCUUCUUCUUGUCGAUAACUUAGAUGGACACGCCAGCUCUCUGCGCUGAGGUUGCCGUGCGCCCUUCAUGUCCUUCAGAGUACCGUAGAGCUUCCAUUGCAUUGUGGUCUUCUCCGCUCAGAACUGGCACCAGAGACCGUCGUCUAGGGGACAGGACCGCUGCAAAUGUUCUGUAGAGUUUUGAUCUAAAAUAAUAAAGUUAAAUCCUUCGACAUUUAGCCCCGCCGCCAAAGCUUUGCAAUUACUGUAUUGAAAUGGCAACAUUUGGUACCCAUGAGUGAGGUGAGGACACAGUGUUGUGUGACCGAUUAUCACUAAGUUAACAGAUAGGAUAUAUGAUAAUGAAAAUAUUUUUAUGGUUAACGGAUACACACGUGAAGUUCCGAAUUUGACACCUGGUAUGUUGUAAAGUAGACUUUGCUAUAUUAUGCUAAUUAAUUCGGUUAAAAAUUAUAACUAAUAUAAUGACUGAUGAAAUUCAGUGAGAUUUAGUCAUUUUCGUUUUAUAUAAUCCUCUAAGUGCAAGCUUUAGAUUACAUCUGGAAAACUGUUACCAUAAUAGUAGCAUUCCAAUAGAUUGAUUUAGAAAUGUUGCCAUAUAGACAUAAACUGUUAUACUUAUUUUAGUAGUAUAGAUGCAAUAAAUGGAAUUAGAAACAUUCCUAUAUUCCGGUAAACAAAGUGAAACUUCAGCUGAAUCAGAACGAAACAAAUCUCACUGACGCGCAAAGUCUUUUUAGUUGUGAGCUAGAGAGGCAGUUUUGCAAGUCAGUCUGCUCUUAGCUACGCUAGGGACGAUAACUGCAAAUCAGUCUGCUAGGUAAAAUUGUUGCUCAAUAAUUUUAAGAAAAUAGAUAAAGUAUUAGAUACACAUGACACAACAUGUACAUGAUUAAAGGCUUGUUAUCCCCCGCCAUCGGCGGAGGGAUAUUGUUUUGGCGUUGUCCGUCCGUCCGUUCUUCCGUCUUUCCGUCCUUCUUUCCGUCCGUCCGGAGCCAUAUCUUGGAAGUGCUUUGACGGACUUCAUUGAAACGUGGUAUGAGUAUAUAUAUGGAUACUAGGAUGAUGCACGCCAAAUGGCAUUGUACACCAUCUAUUAAUAACGGAGUUAUGGCCAUUUGUAUCUUGAAAAAAAUGCUUUUUUUGAGUGUCAAAUAUAACACUUUUGUGUCCUGAAGCAUAUUGGCGGGGGAAAUCAAUUCAACGAAAUUGCUUGUUAUUCUUUAGCGAGGCAACCAAACUUCUAAAGAUAGUUGCCAGUGAAGCAACCAGUUGUGAAAAAAAUGAGACAUAUUGUUGUUAUUUUGUCUAAGUUAUCUCAAUAACAUAAAUAUGGGGAUAAACAGUGCACACACAUCUCGACCUGUGCUUUAAGACACACUCUUUAUAAAUUUGAAUGGGUUGUGUUCAUCUCAAACUUGCGAUAUAAAAAUCUAUAACAUAAUUUUGAAAACUGAGUUGCGUCUAAGAUAAUGCAAUAGCGAACAACUUCAGUGCCUUCAGCGCUUUGAUUGUUGAAAGUUACCGCCUUUCAGACAGUCUAUCUGAAUUAAUCAAACAAUAGAUAAUUAAUUAUAUAAUUUAUAAUCCUGUAGUGUGAUACAAAAUGUUAUAGUUGUAUUUUAAUCAUGAAUUCCGUCAUAGGAAGGUUUACAGGUAACAACUGAGAUUAUGAAACCCUGUUUGUGUUUAUAAACUGUAUGUUGUUUAUUUGCGAAAGUCUAUAGAUCCUGUCAUUUACAUUUACCGUAUUUCAUUAUGAGAUGUAAACUCCUUAUUUCAGGUACAGUGUAUAUAAUAUUUGCCAUUUAACACAUGCAUUAUGUAAUUUGUCAUAUUAACAUCUAUUGCUCAAAGACUGUAUUCAAGGUCAGUAACGCAUCAUAUCGUUUCAUUUUUCACAAACUCCAUACAUACUCUAUAAUUUGUAUGUCAUUCAAAUGAAUCUAAUUUAUAUUUUGAAAUAAAAAAAAUGAAGCAAGUUUUAAACGGUUUCCUUUGCAGUAUACCUUACAUUGAUAAAUGAUAAAUGCAUGUUGAAUACAUUUGCGCCUUGGGCAUUAAUUUACACUUAAUUAUGCAUGAUCGUGAAUCUUGUCAACAAACAUGAAUUCAUCUGACGAUUUGCAUCUUGAUUUAGGGCGUUGCAAUUUUGUGACGGUGCAUUAUUGAAUGGUAAUUCACUCUAGUUCUCUUUUAUUGCUGUAUAAUCGUAAUAUUGCAAAGCUAGUACGCUUAUGUUCACAAGUGCGUGUCGUCUGAUUAUUGUGGUGUGGGAAUCGGUAUGCUUUUACGCCGGUUUUAACACUAAUUGCUUUUAAUAAAACUUUUGAAGGCGGUGACCUAAGUUUUCACGUAGUGUUGUGAUGAAUUAAUGGUCCAGUAUUGUAUAGACAUUUCAAAUUUAAUUCAACUACUCCAGUACGUGUUCAUGUAUAUAUGAGAUUAAAGGAACCUUUUCACGUUUUGGUAUCUUGACAAAAUAAAAGAAGAUGUUUAAGAUUCGCAAA